UCUGUCUCUCUCUCUCUCUCCCCGUUGCAGUCCUUCCAAAGGAUGCGUCCAUCGGCCAUGCUCCAGUCACGCGCGCUUCUCGCGCCUUUCCAAUGGAAUUCCACGUGCCGCACGGAUUAACCACCAUUCAGCUUGGAUGAUUCGCAAAAGGGACGUUCACGCGCUCCGGUGGCCAUGGCUCUCGUGAUGGACCCCAUCAGCAAAUGGAGCCCGAAGCAGGUGCUCCAGUGGAUGAGAGGACUGGAUGACUGUUUGCUGCAGUAUGUGCGUGUGUUUGAGCGAGAGAGGAUUUCUGGCGAGCAGCUGCUGCACAUCACCCAUCAGGAGCUCGAGGAGCUUGGAGUCACGCGCAUCGGCCAUCAGGAGCUCAUCCUCGAAGCAGUGGACCUGCUCUGUGCCCUGAACUACGGUCUGGAGACAGAGAACCUGCGCUCCCUCUCCCAUAAGCUCAACGCUUCAGCUAAAAACCUGCAGAACUUCAUCACGGGCCGGCGGCGCGGCGGUCACUACGACGGCCGCGUGUGUCGGCGGCUGCCCAAUGACUUCCUCACCAGCGUGGUGGAUCUGAUCGGCGCCGCAAAGAACCUGCUGGCCUGGCUGGACAGGUCACCGUUUGUCAGUGUCACUGAGUAUUCAGUGCUGAAGAACAACAUUGUCCAACUCUGUCUCGAGUUAACCACCAUAGUGCAACAGGACUGUACCGUGUAUGAAACGGAGAAUAAAAUACUCCAUGUGUGCAAGACGCUGUCAGGAAUCUGCGAGCACAUCAUCUCUCUGUCGUCCGAUUCGUUGGUGUCACAGUCCGCCCACCUGGAGGUCGUCCACCUCACCAACGUCUUGCCCAACGAGGGCCUGGGCAUGUAUAUUAAAUCCACGUACGACGGUCUACACGUGAUCACCGGCACCACAGAGAACUCUCCCGCGGAUCUCUGUAAGAAAAUUCAUGCAGGUGAUGAGGUCAUUCAGGUCAACUACCAAACUGUGGUGGGAUGGCAGUUGAAGAACUUGGUGAAUUCUCUGCGCGAAGAUCCGAGUGGUGUCGUUCUCACGCUGAAGAAAAGACCCCAGAACACACUGAGCUCAGCGCCAGGCCUGCUCAAGAACACCCGCUGGAAACCUCUCGCGCUGCAGCCCCUCUCCACAAGUCCGUGUAGCGAGUCUAUCACGCCCCCAAGCACUCUGGGAGUCUCACCUGGUUUGGACACAUCCUCAGGACAUGAUGUAUUUAUACUGUCCCCGGCAUAUGGACACAGGGAUGAUGAGUUGGACCGGGCUGGUUUUGGUGUUUUCGGCUCUGAAGGAUUCUUCGUGGAUCAGGAGGCUUUGGUGGGACCUCACUUCCCCCUGUUGGACGAUGAAAUGGGCAGAAACGCUGGACUACGACGCCGAGACCGAACCCCGACACGGGGUGACCCCCGGCAGGUGCCUCAUGCGUCCGAGUGGCUCGCUGAGCCUCAGGAGUCUGGAGUAUACAAGCGAGGGAGCAGAGACUCGGACUCCUCACUGGUGCGCUUCCUGAGCGACGACAGGAUGCUGGUCUUGCAGGAAGAGGCGGAGUUUUCCCAGCGCGACACCAGCCGGCGGACCAGGAAGAAGAGCCGCAAUCCCAGCAGCCCCAGUUUUCCCAUCAGCCCCUCCAUGCUGGCCCCGCCUGUCCGUCUGGACUCGGGACCUCCGGACGGGCUGCCCUUCUCGCUGCCCGAUGCCAGCACUAUGCCGCAUUACCACAGAGCCACAGACACGCUGCGAGCCGACACAGACAGGUAUGCCGGUUCUGCUGGGGACCGACAAGCAGGCGCACCCAUGAGGAAGUCAAUGCAUUAUGCUUCCUUAAGGACCAAGACCAAGAAGAAAAGCAGAGGGUCUCAAAGCAACUCGAGCAGGAGGCGUAUCGCCUGUAAGGAUCUGGGACAUGGCGACUGUGAAGGCUGGCUGUGGAAGAAGAAGGACGCUUCGGGCUACUUCACCCAGAAAUGGAAGAAAUACUGGUUCGUCCUCAAGGACUCGGAUCUCUACUGGUACACCAACCAGAACGACGAGAAGGCAGAAGGCUUCAUCAGCUUGCCGGAGUUCCGGAUCGACAGAGCGAUCGAAUGCAGGAGGAAACAUGCGUUCAAGGCCUGCCAUCCUAAAAUUAAGAGCUUCUUUUUUGCAACGGAUCACCUGGAGGAGAUGAACAGGUGGAUGAAUCGUCUCGGCUUGGCUGCGAUUGGCUACACUCCGGAUGACCCGGUGCCCCGCCCAGACGAAGAUUACUGGAGUGAGAGCGACCAGGAGGAGGUCGAUGGAUCCAUGACGCUCAAACAGGAGUCGACGUACCACUGCAAUCCUGCCGCGAGCUCAUCCAGUGCGUUCGGCGAGCGCCAUUUCUCCAGCGGCUCCACCUUCUCGCACUCGUCCGCCGAGGACUCGCACUCGUCCUGUCGCUCCACCCAUCGCGAGCGUGAACGCCGCUCCUGGCAGGACCUGAUCGAGACCCCCGUGGGCUCGUCGGGGCUUCACUACCUCCAGACGGGCGCCGGAGGGGACGGACGAGUAACCGUCUCACCCGAGAGACUGCGCCAAGCCACGCUUCCCGCCAGACGCCGACGCCCACCUCGACACGACGGGCCGUUCCCGCUGACGGACAGCGAAGAGCCCCGCCCACGCGGCCACUCCCACAAACAGAGGAGUCAGAGCCUCCCGAGGCACCGCUCGCACGGCACGCUGUGCCCCCGCACCCGGCUUCACGAGGAAGAAGAGGAGGACGAGGAGGAGGAGGACGAGGAGGAGGAAAGUGUGUGCGAGGUCCGGCAGCGUGUGUGUGACGCUUCGAAGCGUGUCUGCGAGGAACCGGACCCUCUGGAAGAGCUGUAUCGCUCUCUGGAGCAAGCGAGCGUGUCUGCGUUCGGACACCAGCGGCCCUCCACGCGCCAGGAGUUCCGCCGCUCGUUCGCCAAGCGCUGCAACGACCCGGCCACUAACGAAAAACUCCACCGUAUCCGGGCGCUCCGAUCCACGCUAAAGGCUAAAGAAGGAGACCUGGCUGUGAUUGGUCAGGUGCUGGAUGACCCCUGCCUGACCUCUCGCAAGUUCCGCGAGUGGAAGCAGAGGAACCAAGAGCUCUUCCUGGAUAUCUGCGAGUUUAGCUCCGCCCCUCUGGAACUGCCCACUGAGACAGGCGACCUUUUACCUCUGUCUCCAACACUACUGAUGCACACACACUCCUUUAUAGAGACACACGUCUGAAACGCGCACACACACACAUACUCACACACACACACACACACUAUCGUCAACGGAGGAAAAGACACGUUGGGACAGAACGCGACGUGAAAAUGAAACACUGUGGCCCCUCCUCUUCCCUCUGAUUGGGUACCUGACCUUUAACUGACAGCUGACUGAGCCACUGUAAGAGAACUGUUAUUUUGCAACGACUCCAGAACGUGUCCUGGACAAACAUGCCGUUUCUUCUUCUUCAGUCGUCGCACUUGCGAUGCGUGUAUAUCACCGCUCGCACACGGAUCUUCUACACACCUUAACGGAACAAUUUAUCCCGAAAUCAAACGUACACAAUGUCCCUUUUACACCAGAAGUCGUCCUGUUGAGUUACUGACGCUAAUGUAGCUAAUCUAGCUAACAAACAGAAGCUCGCUAGUCUGUCGGAUCCUGAACUAGCCUACACUGCCUUCGUAAAAACACCGCUAGCUAACUAAAUAAGGCUAACUAGCAAAUUCAGCAGCUCAAACGUUAGCUAAGGUAAAGGUAGAAUUACAUUCACUAGGAGAUUUUUGGCGACAAUAAAAACGAUCGACGCAUCAAAGCGGCACUUUUUGGAUCCGCGAAAUCUCUCGAGCUCUAGAGUUAUGGGAUGGACCACACCAGGAAGUACACGUGCUGACGCUUCCCUGAAAUCUGCGUCCAGAUAAGCAGCUGUCUUCCAACCGUUCACCAGGUCAUAUACAUGAAAUAGAAUCAUCUUUAGGCCACGCCUCCUACCAGAUGGUAGCUUAAUGCUAACUAUACGUUUCCUUGAACAGUUAGCUACAUUAGCCUGUAAUGCAGUGACCUUCAGAUACUUGGGCUACAUUUGGUGUAAGUUGGUGUAAAAUUGUGUAAGUUUGAUUUUUUUUUUUUUUUGUGUUUGUUUGUUUCUCGUCCAACUAUCGCUUUAACGAACUUCUCCAUCCGUUCGUCUGCUCGUAUCGUCUCCGGGAUCUAAAGACGGCUUUGGUUUUUUUUCCGAGAAUCGUUUGUUUGUUUGUUUACUCGUUUUUUCCCUUCCCUCGGGAUGCUGCAGGACGAGCGCUCAUGUAGCCAUGGGCAACGGGC